AUGUCACGAAGGGAAGACAGAUACAAUAUAACACCAUUUGAGGGAACAAAUUUUCCAACUUGCCAAUUUCGUGUAGAAUCACUAUUAAGGGCAAAUGGGGUACUAGAUGUUCUUAGUGCCACCCGCCCAUUAAAAGCCGAAGAGCAAGUUGCGUUUGACCAGAGGGAUGCGAAAGCUACAGACUUGAUAAUACAAUGUACCGCUGACACUCAUGUUGAGUAUGUUCGGGGAGAAUCAGCAAAGGAGAUCUGGAACAAAUUAAAAACUACAUUCGAACGAAAAGGUACAUCUAGUCGUUUAUAUAUAUUAAAGAAAUUGAUUACAAUGAAAUUUGAUGAUAAUGAAUCAAUGGAAACUCAUCUGAGUCAAUUUGAUGAUUUACUUAGACAAGUAAGACUAUCUGGUGGAAAAUUAGAUGAUGAUCUAAUUGCAUGCAUGCUCCUUUUAACAUUACCUGAUUCAUUCAACAUGGUAAUCACAGCAAUUGAAACUUUGUCAUCUGAUAAAAUAACACUAGAAUUUGUGAAAUCGAGGCUUUUAGAUGAAGAAAUUAAAAGAAAUUCCAGAUCAGACUGUUCAACAGGAAAGGAUAACUCAAGUGUUAAAGCUACUUUUGGCACAUCCACACAUCGUUUUCCUUUCAAGUGUAAUUUUUGUCAUAAACUAGGGCAUAAGAUGCAAGAUUGUUGGAAAUGGAAACUACAACAAGAAAAUACAAAUAAGUCAGCCAAUAUGACUGAAUAA